GGCAACCCGCCUUAGUUAGAAAACAAGUUCUUGUUGGUUGCUACUUCGUGUGGGGGAAAAGUUAGAAAAGUUUCUAGUUUUUAUUCCUUCACAUAUUCGCGAUAAUCAAUGAUUUCCGCAAAACGGAACCUUAAUACGGAAAUUUAGUUGUCUGAAUUUCCCGUGCAUUGAGUUUUUGCUUGAGAUUUGCGCAUAUAUUCAGUCUGGAAGUGAUGAAAUUCGCGGCGUUUGCAAACUGACAGAAGAUGAACGUUGAAGUUGUUGCUCGAAUUCGACCUCCUCGAAGAGGCGAAAUAUCCAACAUUCGCGUCUCUGGAACAAGAGUGCAAUCCUCGCGUGGUACUGGACAUAUCUUUAAUUCAGUUUACUCACAGAAAUCUCUGACUUAUGAUGUAUACAAGGAUUGUUGCGAGCCCCUGGUCGAACUCUUGUGUGCAGGGUACAACACUAGUCUGCUAUUGCUUGGGGAAACAGGUUCAGGAAAGUCAUUCAGCUUGGCAGGAGAUAAGACUGCUAAAGCUGGACUUAUACCAUUGCUUAUUAAUGGAGUUUUUAUGAAGGUUAGAGAUCAAGCGAGGGAGCAGAACAGAACUCAUUUAACAGCGACCAGUUCUUCUCAGGUCGUAGUACAAUGCUGUGAAUUUUAUAAUGAGCAAGUGACCGACUUGCUCCUUUCUCCUACUGAAGCCCAAAGGGUGGAGAUAGCUGAAAGUGCUACAAGUGGUGUGUAUCUCAAGAAUGCAACCAAGCGGAGAGUUGCUGAUGCAGCAGAGUGUACAGCAGUUUUCAGAGAAGCGUGGGCUGCAAGGGCUCACUCAUACACUGAUUAUGGCCAGUCAGAUUCUAGAACUACAUUUCUAUUUACUCUUGAUCUAAGCAUGUCCCUUAGAGAUAACUCUGCUCCAUUCACAUCAAGACUGUCAGUGAUUGAACUCCCUGGAGCAGAAAAACUUGCUGAGGACCCUACACAGCUGAGAAUGCGUGAAGGAGUCUCGCUCAACAAGUCUGUUUUAGCAUUUGGCCAGCUAGUGGCGACUUUAGCUUCUACUCAUGAUGCAGCCAGAAACAUUAAUUACAAUGAGUCUAUACUGACGUCCCUUCUGCAUGAUACCUUGGGCGGCAACUGCAAGACAAAGGUCUUAGUGACUUUGAAGUCCAUGGAUAGCUCUGUAUUGAAUACCGUGUUGAUGAUUGCUGGUCAGCUAGCACAGGUUGUAAACUACCCCAUCAUCAAUGACUCUCUUGCAAUGGGUCUCAUAACUUACUACAGAAGAAUAAUACACCAAUUGAAGGAGGAGCUGAAGUCAGGUGGUUUUAAAUCUGGCGGCAGCAGCUCGAAUUUCCAGGAGCUAAAGGACCAGCUUGCAAGACUUGCCAAUGAAAAUGUUGAGCUUCAAGAAGGAAGAGAGCAAUUACAUCGGCGUGUGUUGGACCUUGAGGCCAAGUACACUGAAGCCACCAACUCAUGGAAACAGCUUUCAUCCAAACUUGAGAUCAGUGACGAAGAGAAACUGCAGGUGUAUAAAAACCUAGUUGACCUUCAGCUUGAAAAUAAUCGUAUCAUUGAAGAAGCAGAAGCUGACAAAUACGAGUUAACAAAUAGGAUCCUAUCUUUGGAGAAUCAAGUUCAUGAGCUGGAUGCUGAACUUGGUAAAGAAAGAAGGUCUGGUGGCCAGGCAGCACAAGCUCUGCAGCUACUUCAGCAAGACCACCAAGAUUUGCGCGAGGAGUAUAUGACCCUGAAAACAAACCACAUCAAGGUUUCCAAUGACUACCAGCGAGAGGUAACAAGAAAUGAAGAGCUUGCAGUAGAAUUGGUGAGCUUGUCCAACAUCAAGGACAGACUACAGAGAGAUAGGGAGGAUGUAGAAUUUGAGAAGAUGCAGGAGUAUUACAGCCAGUUACGUAAACUUGCCAGCAAGUUCUCACGUGGCUCUAUACAAGAGAAGAAUGACCUGUCGAAGAGUGUGGUGUCUUUGCGUUCUGAGAACCUCAAUCUGGAGAAACAGCUGAUGAUGUCGUCUAAAGACAAGGAAGGACGCUUGAAUCUGCUAAGAAAUGAGCAUCAACAGGAGCUGGAUAGACUUGAUGGCAGAAUCUCAAAGCUAAAGGUCGACCUCCAGGAGUCAAAGUCAGCUCACCGUGAGACCCAACAAAAAGUGGCAGCACAAGCAGCGGAGGUCAUUACUGCAAAGGCUGAACAGAAAAGAUUACAGGAAGAAAACAACCGUCUUGACCAACAGCUGAAAGAAAUUAGUGCGGAAUACAGCAACAGACUGCAGCAAUAUGUACACGAUAUAUCGGUCUAUUGUGGUCAAAGUUCUGGUCAGCAAUUUUCUUUGGAGUCCCUUAAUGCCUACAUUGAUGCAAUGGUGCGCAAGAUUCGGGAUGCUCAAGAACAGCGGGUUGUCCAACUUGAGGGGCGUGUCCGAGAACUAAAGGGUUCCAUCACUGACCUUCUUAACAAACAUCAGCAAGUUCUCUCUGCCUACAGCGUGCUGCGCUUUACUGCACUGGGAAGUGAGCAGGACAGGGCAAGACUUCUUUCUUCAGAUGAAUAUGAUGCUUUUCUUCCAUCUGGUGAGGAACUACAAACAGCGCAGGCUAGAGAAAUCGGCAUUCUGACACGCAAGCUUCAUGAGUAUGAAAACACCAUCACAGAAUUGCGCAGAAAGCCUGUCAAGGAUGAAAACAGCCUUAAGCUAGCUCAAGAGCUUACUCAACACAAGCAAGAGUAUCACCAUGACAAGGGGCCGACAAUUGCAUCAGUUGAGAUGGGCUGGGGCUCUCUGCGAAAACAGUUACGCGAGUUUACUCUCAACACUCAGCAAGAUUUGGAGACAGAGCGAGCUGCUUUACUAACACGCUGCACAAUGGCGGAGGAAGAAGUUUGUUAUCUCAAAGACUACAUCACCACACAGCUAAAAAGAUACCAGCAAGAGAUAGUGAGGUUACGUAAGUUACUCAAUGAAUGUGGAAUAGAGGCAGAUGGUAUGUUACCAGUAAAUGGAAAUCGUGGACACCCACCUUGGGCACCUUGAGAGUUGACGCCAUGGACACCCACCUUUGGCAUCUUGACAAUGGACACCCACCUUGGGUGCCAUGGACACCCACCUUGGGCACCUUGAUAGUGGACACCCACCUGGGCAUCUUGACAAUGGACACCCACCUUGGGUGCCAUGGACACCCACCUUGGGCACCUUGAUAGUGGACACCCACCUUGGGCACCUUGAUAGUGGACACCCACCUUGGACACCUUGACAGUGGACACCCACCUUGGGCACCUUGACAGUGGACACCCACCUUGGACACCUUGACAGUGGACACCCACCUUGGGCACCUUGACAAUGGACACCCACCUUGGGCACCUUGACAGUGGACACCCACCUUGGACACCUUGACAGUGGACACCCACCUUGGGCACCUUGAUAGUGGACACCCACCUUGGACACCUUGACAGUGGACACCCACCUUGGACACCUUGACAGUGGACACCCACCUUGGGCACCUUGACAAUGGACACCCACCUUGGGCACCUUGAUAGUGGACACCCACCUUGGGCACCUUGACAGUGGACACCCACCUUGGGCGCCUUGACAGUGGACACCCACCUUGGGCACCUUGAUAGUGGACGCCCACCUUGGGCACCUUGAUAGUGGACGCCCACCUUGGGCACCUUGAUAGUGGACGCCCACCUUGGGCACCUUGAUAGUGGACACCCACCUUGGGCACCUUGAUAGUGGACACCCACCUUGGACACCUUGACAGUGGACACCCACCUUGGGCACCUUGAUAGUGGACACCCACCUUGGGCACCUUGAUAGUGGACACCCACCUUGGGCACCUUGAUAGUGGACACCCACCUUGGGCACCUUGAUAGUGGACACCCACCUUGGGCACCUUGAUAGUGGACAUGCACCUUGGGCACCUUGAUAGUGGACACCCACCUUGGGCACCUUGACAGUGGACAUGCACCUUGGGCACCUUGAUAGUGGACACCCACCUUGGGCACCUUGAUAGUGGACACCCACCUUGGGCACCUUGAUAGUGGACACCCACCUUGGGCACCUUGAUAGUGGACACCCACCUUGGGCACCUUGAUAGUGGACGCCCACCUUGGGCACCUUGAUAGUGGACACCCACCUUGGGCACCUUGAUAGUGGACACCCACCUUGGGCACCUUGAUAGUGGACAUGCACCUUGGGCACCUUGAUAGUGGACACCCACCUUGGGCACCUUGAUAGUGGACACCCACCUUGGGCACCUUGACAGUGGACACGCACCUUGGGCACCUUGACAGUGGACACCCACCUUGGACACCUUGAUAGUGGACACCCACCUUGGGCACCUUGAUAGUGGACACCCACCUUGGGCACCUUGAUAGUGGACACCCACCUUGGGCACCUUGACAGUGGACACCCACCUUGGACACCCUUGAUAGUGGACACCCACCUUGGGCACCUUGAGAGUUGACGCCAUGGACACCUUGACAAUGGACACCAACCUUGGGUGCCAUGGACACCCACCUUGGGCGCCUUGACAGUGGACACCCACCUUGGGCGCCUUGACAGUGGACACCCACCUUAGGCACCUUGACAGUGGACACCCACCUUGGGCGCCUUGACAGUGGACACCCACCUUGGGCACCUUGAUAGUGGACACCCACCUUGGGCACCUUGAUAGUGGACACCCACCUUAAGCAGGUUGGACAACAUGGACACCCACUUGAUGAUUGACAUCAUGGACACCCACCUUGGGCCUUGACAACACCUACCAAAAAAAGAAAAAAAUUAUUUAGAGAGAAAUGGCUGGCCCCAAACUGUAAAUUUUUAGAUAAAAUAAACAAAACAUAAAAUGUUUUGAGCUUAAUUGCCAAGGUAUUUUCUCCAAAAAAUACCUGUACAUAUUUCUAAAAGGAAUUAUUUCUUGCAAAUUAAAAUGUAGAUCAUAAGUGAGUAAAAUUGAUAAAAAAAUGUU